UUUCUCCUUUUUCCUUUCUCUCCCAUUCUGCACUAGAGUCCUUUUCCUCAGUUCGAUAAGCUGUUCUUGCUUUAUCCCAUCCCCCACCCCCCAUUCCCCAUAAUUCAUCUGUUAUUGCUGUAUUCUUGAUUACAAACCGACAACUUUAUCAUGAACGCAUCUCUCUUAUUUGAUUCCGACUCGAAGUCCCUACUCCGUCGCUGUCUCCACGAUCCCUCCUAUAAGAAUACCAUCUUUAGUCCCACCACCCCAUCAAAAUCUCACCUUUCGCAUUCUCCUCCUCGGAUUUCGCACCAUGGGCAUCGUUUCCGAGGCUCUUCUCGCCGCCCUCCUCCUCCUCGGGGUAGCUGCCACCGCCUACGCGGCGCCGGACAUGUCGAUCAUUAGCUACGACGAGAAGCACGGCGUGCGGGGCUUGGAGCGGAGCGACGAGGAGGUGCGGCGGAUGUACGACGCGUGGAUGGCGGCGCACGGGCGGGCGUACAACGCCCUGGGCGAGAGGGAGCGGCGGUUCGAGGUGUUCAAGGACAACCUACGCUUCGUCGACGCUCACAACGCCGCAGCCGGCGCCGGCGUGCGUGGGUUCCGCCUGGGUCUUAACCGCUUCGCCGACCUCACCAACGAGGAGUACCGGGCGGUUUACCUGGGCACCAGAGCCAACCGCGCCACCGCCCGACGGGUGAGGGUGGCGAGCGACCGGUACCGGUACAACGCGAGCGAGGAGUUGUCGGAGUUCGUCGAUUGGAGGGAGCAAGGCGCCGUCGCCGCCGUCAAGGACCAGGGGAGUUGCGGGAGUUGCUGGGCCUUCUCGACGAUCGCUGCAGUAGAAGGAAUAAACAAGAUCAUGACGGGCAAUCUGAUAACGCUAUCGGAGCAGGAGCUAGUGGACUGCGACAAUGCCUACAACCAGGGAUGCAAUGGUGGACUGAUGGACUAUGCCUUUGAGUUCAUAAUCGAUAAUGGUGGCAUUGACACUGAUAGUGACUACCCCUACAAGGCCCGUGAUGGGACAUGCGACCAGCUCCGAAAAAAUACUAAAGUUGUUGUGAUCGAUGGGUAUGAAGAUGUUCCUGAGAACGAUGAGCAAGCGCUGCGGAAUGCUGUUGCCAACCAGCCUGUCAGUGUUGCUAUCGAGGCUGGUGGUAGGGAAUUUCAGCUCUACCAAUCGGGAAUAUUCACAGGAAGAUGUGGGACUGAGCUGGAUCAUGGUGUGGUUGUUGUUGGCUAUGGCACUGAGGAUGGUAAGGAUUAUUGGAUUGUCAGGAACUCAUGGGCCAAUGACUGGGGAGAGGCUGGCUAUAUCAGGAUGGAGCGUAAUGUCAAGACAUCCACUGGAAAGUGCGGUAUUGCUAUGGAACCAUCUUAUCCCACAAAAAAGGGUCAAAACCCACCCAAUCCUGGACCCUCUCCUUUCCCACCAGUGAAUCCACCAAUUGUCUGUGACAACUACUACUCCUGUCCAUCGAGCACCACUUGCUGUUGUGUCUAUGAGUAUGGGCACUACUGCUUCGCCUGGGCAUGCUGUCCUCUUGAGGGCGCAACCUGCUGUGAAGAUCACUACAGCUGCUGCCCCCAUGACCACCCUGUUUGCAAUGUCCAGGCUGGAACUUGCCAAAUGAGCAAAGACAACCCCCUCGGAGUGAAGGCUCUUGCUUGGAUACCUGCAAAGCCGCAUUGGGCAUACUUGGAUGGCAAGAGCAAGAAGAUCAAUGUAUGAAGACUCAUGCAUUGAUUUGUUUCGUGAAGUGAAAAUUAAGAGUACUCCAGCAGCUUGACCUGGCACACUUCUCCCCUGCUUAUGAACCGAAAGUUAGCUUAUUGUUUAUUUGACGACAACCGUGUAAAUAUUUCAGAUUCGGAAUGUAAGGUGGACCGAAAGAUGGUUUACUUAUUAAUCAUGCCAUUUGCUUUUCCAAAAAUUGGAUCCCAUUCACUUGUCAUGUACUUCAAAAUUUAUCAUGUUACAAUAAGAUUGGGGAUUAGCUUACCCUAUGUAAUAUCUGAUGCUAUUGUUGUUA